GAAGAAAAGCUGCCUCGGUUUAUCAUGGAUAUCACCUACGUCACUGAACGUAUCAUCGGUCUUGAAUUUAUCUGAGCAAACAGAAGAGAUGAUGGAGCUGAGCAGUCAGAUCCAGGAUUAUGGGUGGCCAUCAGAUUUGGCACCAGAAUUAGAAAGACUCUUCAAAAUAUGCGAUACGAUGGAUAGGUGGCUGAAAAAUGACCCUCAUCACACAGUCGUGUUAAAUUGCAAGGGUGAUAGAGGAAGAGUUGGUGUCGUAAUUGCAGCUUACAUGUCUUACAGCAACAUGAAGGCAGGUACCGAACAAGCUUUAGACCAAUUUGCUAUGAAGAAAUUGUAUGAUGAUAAAUUCUCCCAAAGAAUGCACCCCUCACAAAUGAGGUAUGUUCAAAACUUUUCACGACUGUUAACUUCAGCGAUUCAAGCAAACAAGGCUGUAUUCUAUCUUAACCACAUUGUAAUACAUGGGACCCCUAAUUUCGAAUCAAAAGGCUAUCGACCAUUUGUCAAGAUUUAUCAAGGAAUGAAGCCAGUUUAUACAUCUGAUGUGUACAGCACCGUCACUGAAAAAACACAAAAAGUUGUAAUCACAAUAAAUCCAAGUUUACCACUAUGUGGUGAUGUCAUCAUAAAGUGUUACCACAGGCAACAAAAGUCAGCUGGAAAAGAGACUGUGUUUAGGGUUCAGUUUCACACUUGGACACUAGAUCAGAAUCACCUAAUUUUCUUGAAGAAUGAGCUUGAUGGUGCUGUUUCAGAUUUCAGAUUCCCAAUUGAUGGUAAGGUGGAACUUCAGUUUUCUUCUCAUCCUGAUGGUUUCAGAGGGAAUGAUUCUGUUCACAGUACUGUAGCUCCAACAGAUUAUUCUGAUUUCAAUGUCAGGUGGGAUUCUUACGGAAAUUUCAUCAUUGAAUCUCCAAAUAAAGCAGAGUCACCUAAUACUGUAGAACCUUUUGAUGGCAGUCUUUGUACAACCAUAAGUAAAAAUUCAACUGUCAAGGAUUUUCCACAGACACAUGUGAGUGCUAAUUGUGAAGGAUAUGGUGAGCAGGUUGGAUCUCGAGCCACUAGUCGAGACUCUGGAAUUUCUUCAGCAUCGGGUGUUCAUGGAUAUUCUUCACUUAGUGUUGCAAGCCAGCCGCAGUCACCUGAUUUGAUUAAUGAACUUACUAAUCAACCUUCUUUUAACAUUGCUGGUAAGAUGGAUCCUAUUAUUUCAGUCAGCUUCCGGGGCCUUUUAUUGUAG